AUGGACAAGGCAAGACCGUUUGAGUACGUGUACCGCCUACCCUCAUCUACUCUUGAAGAAUUGACUUACAGGGAGGCUGUGUACGACCGUCAGGUACUUCUGAAUGAAACAUGGGAAUCAUAUGCAUUGCGAAAAGGACGAUUAAAAGAGUUAGAAGAUGAGCACGUCAAGUGGAUCACUCGUACCUGGGACGAUGAGGAAAUAGCAAGGGAUGAACAACGUUCUGUUUUAGAAAAAGCAGACUAUGAAUGGAAGUUGGAGAGUGCCGCAAAAGAAAGAGAAAUGGGGAGAAAAAAAGAAAGGUCGUUAAAAACGGUUGAAAAACUUAUGGCUUUUGAAGAACGUUCUUUUGCUGAUAGAAUACCAUGUCGUCAUAAUUUGUACGUUGAUUUUGAUCUUUUUCAACAGCAAAAGUUUAUUGGAGAACAAAAUAUUAUUUCCAUGGCAGAAAAUAUGUUAAGGGUUUUUAUUGAAGAAGCGGAGGAUGGAAUUUGUUUUGGGAUUGCUUUGAUUGGAGAAUGUAAUAGAAUUAUGUAUUUAACAAGACUUCAAGAUAGAUUGUUAAAGGAAGAGGAAGAGCGACAGAGAAUUGCCGAAGAACAACGACGACUACUUGAAGAAGAAAAACGAAAAGAAGAAUUGCGACAAAAAGAAUUGGAAGAAGCUGAAAGACUUCGAAAAGAAGCUAUGGAACAAGCUAAAAUUCUUGAAAGGAAGAAACGUGACGAGGAACGUCGUGCAAAGGCAAGAUCUGAAAGGGAGAAAAUAAGGCAGCGUCAGAGUGUUGUAGAUUUUAUUGUAGCAACAGAAGAAUCUCCUCCAAAACUUACCGCUUCAGAUGUUGUGGCAACAACUAUUGAACCCACACUACCAGUUUCUGAAAAUGUUAUUCCAACUUAUUCUGAUCGAAAAUGUAUAGUUUAUUCUCAACCUAAAGGUGAUGAUGUUAUUUCUCUUAUCAAAAACGCAUCUUCUAUUUUGUCUGAUGCAGGUGAUUGUUCUUAUGUUAUGAGUAUUGAUAAGAUAGAAAUGAAAUCAACUGUAAUAUGUGAAAAUGGUUCACUUUUUGGAGAAACAAAUAAUAAUGAAUCUCAUCGACUUUUGGGAAAAACAAUCAACGAAAAGACUGCUAUAUCGAUUUCUUCAGAAAAACUUCAUGGAACUAAAGUAUUUUCUUUAGAGAAUUAUUAUUCUUCAAGGGUAGAAUAUGUUUUAAAUAGUCGUACAAAUGAUAAAUGUUUUUUAUUUGAUUCAUCUGCUUCAAAAAAUGACGAAUCUAUUGUUUUCUUACCAUUAUUAGUCUCUGGGUUUAAUUAUGCACCUUAUGUUUUUGCAGUGUCCCGUAAUGGAUCUGAAAGUUUUCAACCCAAUGAAGUAAAAGAAGCUGCAAAAGUUGUAUGGGAACUCAGUAAUUUAAUUAAUUUGUAUCUUGAAAAAGAAAAAAAGAUUCAAUUAUGUCAGCAGUGUGUUGAGUGGCUUACUACUGUUACAGGUUGUAAUGAUUGUUAUGUAUCUUUACGAGAUCAAGAAAAUGAUGAACUAAUAUAUGUGGCAGCUUCUCCAUCGCAUAAUUUUAUGAUUGGAAAGAAACAUUCUCUUAUUGAAGAAAAAAAUGGUGUUGGUAUUAGCUUUAAAGCAUGUGAGGCAGCAUCACAAGAUGGAAAUUGUAUGGUUUUUUGUAUUGAUGAUAUUAGUGAUAACUCUUGUAUUCCAUUUGAAAAUCAAAAAGUUAAAAUCUUUUCAGAGGAACAAAAAACAGGAAGUUUACUUUUAGGAACGUUAACUGGUAAGAAUGAUAAUAAAGAAUGCGUUUCACUUGGUGUAGUUUUUAUGGAUUAUCUCGGAACAGAUAAGAAAUUUACUGAUUCUGAAAAGGAAAUUUUUAAAACUGCUCUUGAAAUGCUUUCAAAUCUUCUUUUAAACCAUACAAAUGAUUCAUCUCUGGGAAAACGUUUAAAAAUUGAGGAUGAUAUUGAGGGUUUAAGUUCCUCAUCGAUUACUUUUUUGAAGUCUCUUUGGAGCCAUACACUUAAUACUCUUAAUAAUAUUACUCCAAGUCAAUUGUCGGAAUUGGGAAAUUAUUUACAUCCACCCCCUAUUAUUCCAUUGGUUGUACAAGCUACACUCAUUAUUGCAUUGGGAUCAAAACCCCAAAAAGUUGCAAAAUGGGAAGAUGCAAGGGAGAAAAUAACAAAUAAACUUCUUGCAAAGAUGUCAGAUUUUGAUCCCACAGAUCCAAAGAAAAGAAAAAAAGCUUUUUUUGUUAGAGGAGGAAAAAUGUUGAAGGGUUAUGGUGUCAAGGAUGUUUUUGAGAAAGGUUCUUACCCAACAAGUUGUUUCUUUUCUUGGACUUUUGCGGCUAUUCUCUUGCGUAAACAUGCCGAUAUAUUACGUAAAUCAAAAAGCAAGAAUGGAACCAAUCUUGAGUUUGAAUAUCGUUCUUCAGUAGUCUCAGAAGAGGAAGGAGAUGAAGAUAAUGAACCCGAUAGUGAAUCAGAGGAGGACGUAUGA